AUUUACGCUGUUCUAUAUAGGUAGCAGGCAUCAAAGAAAAUUAGGUUUUUAGGGUUUACACCGAGGAGACACACCUUCAGCAGCAGCAGCCAUGGUUCUCAAAACCGAACUAUGCCGAUUCAGCGGUGCCAAGAUCUACCCAGGGAAAGGCAUCAGAUUUGUUCGUGGUGAUUCUCAGGUUUUCCUGUUUGCUAACUCGAAAUGUAAGAGGUAUUUCCACAACAGGUUGAAGCCAUCAAAGCUCACCUGGACUGCAAUGUACAGAAAGCAACACAAGAAGGACAUUGCUCAAGAAGCUGUGAAGAAAAGAAGACGUGCUGCCAAAAAGCCUUACUCCAGGUCCAUUGUCGGUGCCACUUUGGAAGUUAUCCAGAAAAAGAGAGCUGAGAAGCCAGAAGUUCGAGAUGCAAAUAGGGAAGCUGCCCUUCGUGAAAUUAAGGAGAGGAACAAGAAAACAAAGGAUGAGAAGAAGGCUAAGAAAGCAGAGUUUGCCAAGUCCCAAAAAUCACAAGGGAAAGGAAAUGUUUCGAAGGGUGCCAUGCCCAAAGGUCCCAAACUUGGUGGUGGAGGCGGGAAACGCUGAGCCUUUACUUUGGUUCCCAUUUUUUGCUACAUUUAAAAUAGUGUUGUUUUGAAUCUGUACUAUUUUACUGUUUUAUUAAACCUUUGUUUGGAGCUUGUGAAGGUACCUUGUUAUUGAAUGGAUUUAGCCAUCAGUUUUAUAUUCUUAAGCUAAUCAUCUUUUGCAAUGUCUUUGUGA